AGAAUCGCAGACAGGACAACCAAUCAAGAAGAGUGGAGCAAACUCAAAGCUUCGUUGUUCGGAGCUUUAAGCUCUCCUUUCACCAUUGUUCAAUACUCUCUCUCUCUCUGUCGUUUUCACAGAAUCUGAUUGUAUUUUCAAUCUAAUUUCGAGCUCCGAUUUCAGUUUCUUCAGAAGCAAGGAGAGGAAACGAAUAUGAGUAAUUCCAUAGGGCACAAUUUGGUAAACCAAAGUUUGGUUCAAAGCAAGCUCAAUUCGUCUGGCAUUCCAGCAAACACGUUGUUCCAAGCUCCUUCCGUUAAUCAGGUCGCAACUCGGCCACGGAAGUCACAAUCUUUCAAGAAUUUUUCUGGGAGCAGUUUGGUCAUUGGAAAAUCCAAAUUGACCAUGGGAUCACGGCGCUCAACUGUCCCUCGUGCUGUCUUAGCUACAGAUCAAACUUCUGAGCUUGCAGAAACAUUCAACCUCGAUGGAAGCAUUGAAUUGCAGGUGGUUGUUAGUGCCCCCACUCCGGGGUCUACCACUCAAGUAAACAUUCAAGUCAAUUAUAGUAGCGACUCUUUGCUUCUUCACUGGGGUGCAAUUCAAGAUAAACAAGAAAAUUGGCUGCUUCCUUCUCGUCAGCCAGAAGGAACCAAAGUAUACAAGAACAAAGCUCUUAGAACUCCAUUUUCCCAAUCUGGCUCCAAUUCCAUUCUCAAAAUUGAGAUUGAUGAUCCCACAAUACAAGCAAUAGAGUUUCUGAUAGUUGAUGAAAAGCAGAAUAAAUGGUUCAAAAAUAAUGGCGGCAACUUCCUUAUUAAGUUACCAGCGAAAUCUAAAUCAAUUUCAGAUGUUUCAGUUCCUGAAGAUCUUGUACAGAUUCAAGCAUAUCUUAGGUGGGAGAGAGAGGGUAAGCAGAUGUACACACCAGAGAAAGAGAAGGAAGAGUAUGAAGCAGCUCGAACUGAACUAUUGGAGGAAGUGGCCAGGGGUACUUCCGUACACGAAAUUAGAGCAAGGCUGACAAAGAAAGAUGAUGUUAGUGAUGUAAAGGAGUCAUCUCAUUCUAGCUCUAAAGAAAUUCCCGACGAUCUUAUUCAAGUUCAAUCUUUUAUACGCUGGGAGAAAGCAGGGAAACCCGAUUACUCCAAAGAUGAUCAACUUAGGGAGUUCGAGGAAGCUAGGAAAGAUUUGCAAAAGGAACUAGAGAAAGGUACCUCACUUGAAGAGAUACGAAAGAAGGUCACCAAAGGAGAGAUACAAACUAAGGUUGCCAAGCAACAGAAGGGUAAAAAAAAUUAUAGAACUAAUCGGAUUCAGCGCAAGAAGAGAGACUUGGUACAGAUUCUCAACAAAUAUGUAGCUAAACCCGUUGAACAAAGCUUUUCAAUCAAACCGAAAGCCUUGACAGCAGUUGAGCUUUUUGUUAAGGAAAAGGAAGAACAGGAUGGUCCUGUUCUGAAUAGGAUUAUGUUCAAGCUUGAAGAUAAGGAACUUCUGGUACUCGUAACCAAGCCUGCUGGCAAAACAAAGAUUCAUAUCGCUACAGAUUACAAAGGGCCAGUUACCCUUCACUGGGCUUUGUCUAAAAACAACGCUGGAGAGUGGUUGGAACCACCUCCGGAAGUGCUGCCACCAGGAUCUGUUUCUCUCACAGGGGCUGCUGAGACACCAUUAACUUAUUCUGAAUCUUCUACUGAGGUUCAGUAUUUAAAACUAGAAAUUGAAGAUGAAUCUUUUAGAGGAAUGCCAUUUGUCAUUCAAUCUGCGGGGAAUUGGAUUAAGAACAAAGGAUCAGAUUUCUAUGUUAACUUUGCUGCUACACCGAAGCGAGUCCAGAAGGAUGCUGGUGAUGGCAAGGGUACUGCAAAGGCCUUGUUGGAAAGGAUAGCCGAGUUGGAGAGUGAGGCGCAGAAAUCUUUCAUGCAUCGAUUUAACAUUGCAGCAGACUUGACAGAACAAGCCAAAGAUGCUGGUGAUUUAGGUCUUGCAGCUAUUUUGGUGUGGAUGAGGUUUAUGGCUACAAGGCAGCUCAUUUGGAAUAAAAAUUACAAUGUGAAACCACGUGAGAUCAGUAAAGCACAGGACAGACUCACAGACAUUCUUCAAAAUAUUUAUACGAGUCACCCAGAGUACCGGGAACUUCUGCGGAUGAUAAUGUCUACUGUUGGUCGUGGAGGUGAAGGAGAUGUAGGACAGCGAAUUCGAGAUGAAAUCCUUGUUAUCCAGAGAAACAAUGAGUGUAAGGGUGGAAUGAUGGAGGAAUGGCAUCAAAAGUUGCAUAAUAACACUAGCCCCGAUGAUGUUGUUAUCUGUCAGGCUCUAAUUGAUUACAUCGAACAUGACUUUGACAUGAGUGUUUAUUGGAAAACUUUGAAAGAUAAUGGAAUAACAAAAGAGCGUCUUCUUAGCUAUGAUCGUGCGAUUCAUUCUGAACCCGGUUUCAGGAGAGAUCAAAAGAAUGGUCUUCUACGGGAUCUAGGAAACUACAUGAGAACAUUAAAGGCUGUGCAUUCAGGUGCAGACCUUGAGUCUGCCAUUACAAAUUGUAUGGGCUACAAAUCAGAGGGUCAAGGCUUCAUGGUUGGAGUACAAAUAAAUCCUAUAUCCGGCUUGCCUUCGGGAUUUCCAGAUUUGCUGCAAUUUGUCCUAGAGCAUAUUGAAGACAAGAAUGUAGAACCCCUUAUUGAGGGUUUGUUAGAGGCUCGCCAGGAGCUUCGUCCGUUGCUUUCUAAGUCUCAAAAUCGUCUGAAGGAUCUUUUAUUUUUGGACAUUGCUCUUGAUUCUGCUGUUAGGACUGCCAUUGAAAGGGGAUAUGAAGAACUAAAUACUGCUGGGCCUGAGAAAAUAAUGUACUUUAUCAGUAUGGUGCUAGAAAACCUGGCACUCUCGUCAGAUGAUAAUGAGGAUUUAAUCUACUGCUUGAAGGGAUGGAAUCAGGCCACCAACUUGUUAAAUAGUCAAAAUAAUCAGUGGGCGUUAUAUGCAAAAUCAGUCCUUGACAGAACCCGCCUUGCUCUUGCAAGCAAGGCAGAGUGGUAUGAUCAAGUUUUGCAGCCAUCUGCGGAGUAUCUUGGAUCACUUCUGAAUGUGGAUGAAUGGGCUGUGAACAUAUUUACUGAAGAAAUUAUUCGGGCUGGAUCUGCUGCCUCAUUAUCUUCACUUCUUAAUCGACUUGACCCUGUUCUUCGAAAGACAGCUCACCUAGGAAGUUGGCAGGUGAUCAGUCCAGUUGAAGUUGUUGGAUAUGUUGUUGUUGUCGAUCAGUUACUUUCUGUUCAAAAUAAAACUUAUGAGAAGCCAACCAUUUUGGUGGCAAAAAGUGUUAAAGGAGAGGAAGAAAUUCCAGAUGGUACUGUUGCUGUGCUGACGCCUGAUAUGCCAGAUGUCCUUUCUCAUGUUUCUGUUCGAGCAAGAAAUGGCAAGGUCUGUUUUGCUACAUGUUUUGAUCCCAAUAUACUGCUUGACCUACAAUCUAAAGAAGGGAAGUUGUUACGUGUAAAACCAACAUCGGCUGAUGUAACUUACAGUGAGGUAAAGGAAGAUGAGCUAACUGGUGCAAGUUCUGUUAAAGAUGAUGCUCCAUCAAAUCUGAAAUUGGUCAAAAAGAAGUUUCUUGGUAAAUAUGCCAUAUCAUCUGAGGAAUUCACAAACGAAAUGGUUGGAGCCAAAUCACGUAAUAUUUCUUAUCUAAAAGGAAAAGUUCCAUCUUGGGUUGGAAUUCCUACAUCAGUCGCCCUCCCAUUUGGAUGUUUUGAGAAGGUUCUCUCAGCUGAUUCAAAUAAGGAAGUGGCAAGAAAGCUGGAAACUUUGAAGAAAAAGUUAAAAAACGCCGAGUUUGAUUCCCUUGAGGAGAUUCGUGAGACAGUUUUACAGCUUGAAGCACCGCCCCAAUUGGUGCAAGAGCUGAAAACAACAAUGUUAGGUUCAGGAAUGCCUUGGCCUGGUGAUGAAGGUGAACAGCGAUGGAAUCAAGCGUGGAUGGCUAUAAAAAGAGUGUGGGCUUCAAAAUGGAAUGAGAGAGCAUUCUUCAGCACCAGAAAAAUAAAAUUAGAUCACGAUUAUCUCUGCAUGGCAGUCCUUGUUCAGGAAAUCAUAAAUGCCGACUAUGCAUUUGUCAUCCACACAACUAAUCCAUCUUCAGGAGACUCCUCUGAGAUAUAUGCUGAGGUUGUCAAGGGACUUGGAGAAACCUUAGUGGGAGCCUAUCCUGGACGUGCUAUGAGUUUUAUCUGCAAGAAGAACGCUCUGGAUUCUCCUCAGUUGUUGGGAUACCCAAGCAAACCCAUUGGCCUCUUUAUAAGACGGUCGAUAAUUUUCAGAUCUGAUUCCAAUGGUGAAGAUCUGGAAGGCUAUGCUGGUGCAGGUCUUUAUGACAGUGUGCCUAUGGACGAGGAAGAGAAGGUGGUGCUUGACUACUCAACCGAUCCGCUAAUGGUUGAUCAGAAGUUUCAACACUCAAUUCUCUCAAGCAUAGCUCGUGCAGGACAUGCAAUAGAGGAGCUCUAUGGCACUCCACAGGACAUUGAAGGGGUGAUUAGAGAUGGGAAGCUCUAUGUCGUCCAAACAAGACCACAAAUGUAAUCUGUAAUAAUAGUCUUUGUAUGUGGCAUUUCUGCCAUGGUCAAAGGAAGAGAGGCAACAAGAUUAAUAUAUCAGAAAAUAAAAGAAUAAAAUUGGACA